AUGCGGUGGCAUCAUGAAGAGCAAACCAACGAUGGGGUUCUACAACAUCCUGCAGAUUCCAAAGCUUGGAAAAGUUUUGAUAGUAAGUAUCCUGACUUUGCUAGAGAUCCUCGCAAUGUUCGCUUGGGAUUAGCUUCUGAUGGGUGUAAUCCAUUUGGCACUAUGCGAACUGUUCAUAGUACUUGGCCAGUUAUUUUAAUGCCAUAUAACCUUCCACCAUGGAUGUGCAUGAAAGAAGAGUUCUUUAUUCUUUCCUUACUUAUUCCUGGACCAAAAUCACCUGGCAAUAAUAUUGAUGUCUUUUUGCAACCAUUAAUAGAGGAGUUAAAUGAAUUAUGGAGUGUCGGGGCAGAAACAUACGAUGCGUCUACAAAGGAUACAUUUCAAAUGAGAGCAGCUCUCAUGUGGACUAUGAAUGAUUUUCCAGCAUAUGGUACUCUAUCUGGAUGGAGUACUUCUGGUCGGUUUGCAUGCCCUUGUUGCAACAUACGCACUCAAUUUAAAUGGCUCAAACAUGGCAAGAAAUAUUGUUUUAUGGGACAUCGACGUUUCUUGAAGUCUGGACACAAAUAUCGAAAUGAUGCAAAAUCAUUUGAUGGGGCUAAAGAAACAAGACCAGCACCUUGCGCAAUUUCUGGCUUACAAGUGCUGGUUCAAGUUAAAGAUAUAAAGUUUACUCUAGGCAAGUCAAGUGAAGAGGUAAGUGGGGUGAUGAAAAAUACAUGGAAAAAGAGGAGCAUAUUUUUUUAUCUUCCUUAUUGGGAGUAUAACUUGGUGCCCCAUAAUAUUGAUGCAAUGCACAUAGAGAAAAAUGUUUGUGAUAACAUAAUAUAUACACUACUGGGUCUGGGUAAAAAGUCAAAAGACAAUAUAGAAGCACGAUUGGACUUGAAGGAGAUGAAAAUAAGACCAAGCUUAUGGCCGCAAUAUCAAGCUAGUGGGAGAGCAUAUCUUCCACCUACUCAUUUCACUAUCUCUUCAAAUGAAAAAGAGAUGUUUUAUGAAGUACUACAAAAUGCCAAUUUUCCACAUGGCUAUGCCUCUAAUAUCUCACGUUGGAUUCGCAAGCGAAAGAUAUCUGGACUAAAAACUCAUGAUUGUCAUGUUAUAAUGCAAGAACUUCUUCCUCUUGCCUUGCGAAGAUCAACAAAUAAAAGAGUUAAAUCUGUUUUAAUUGAACUAUGCACAUUCUUUCGUGUUUUAUGUAGCAAAGUUUUAAAACUAGAAGAGUUAAAAUUACUUGAAGAAAAAAUUCCAGAAACGUUAUCCAAUAUGGAAAAACUCUUUCCCCCAGGAUUCUUUACUAUUAUGGUACACUUGGUUACUCACUUCGCAACUGAGGCAAAACUUGCCGGUCCAGUAUAUUAUCAUUGGAUGUACCCAAUUGAGAGGUACUUGGGUACUUUAAAAUCAUAUGUUUGUAAUCGUGCAUGUCCUGAAGGUUCAAUAGCAGAAGUAUACAUAGCAAAUGAAUGUUUGGCAUUUUCCUCACAAUAUUUGGAGGGUGGAGAUUCAAAGUCUUAUUGUUCAAGAAGAUACAGUGAUGAGAUUGAGCAUGAGACUAGUAAUGACGGAUGUCUUUUUCCUACUAUUGGAGAGUCAUACGGUGGAGUAGAUGUAUAUGAAAUAGAUGAGAAAACACUGUUAGAACAUAUUGCUGAAAUCAAGAGAUCACAUCGUAAGCGUCGUUUGACACAACAUCAAAUUGAUCGUAUACAUUUCGAUACAUUUAGUGAGUGGUUCAAGGAGAAAGUAAAAGAGUUGGAGGUCACAUAUGAUAUCUUAAAGAAUAUUAAAGUUCUUGCAAAAGGGCCGAGUUGCAUUGCAAAAAGAUUUAAUGCUUAUGAUUUAUAUAACGGGUAUAGGUUUAGAACAAAGCAAAGUGAAGAGUACCUAGAAACACAAAAUAGUGGUGUUAUGGUCAUUUCAAAAACCGAAAGUUAUGCAAGUUCAUGCGACAAUGCUCCAAAGUCUGCAAAUAUUUCAUAUUAUGGUAGAUUGACUAAAAUUGUGGAGUUAAACUACUAUGAAGAAUUUAAGGGUGUCUUAUUUAAGUGUGAUUGGGUUGAUGUAACCAAAGGUAGAGGAGUUAUGGAAGAUGACUUGGGUUUCAUAGUUGAGAAUUUUUCACGCUUGGUUGAUUCUAGUGACCGAGACCGUCAUGAACCCUUUAUUUUUGCAGAACAAGCUCAAAAAGUAAUAUUUGUACAAGAUCCUCAUAAUCAUGAAUGGUUUGUCCCUAGGUUAAUUAGACCUAGAGAUGUUUUUGAUAUGGGAGAGGAAAAUAGUGUGCAACUCGAGUCAUCAAUGCAGAGUGAUUCUACUGACUUGGCUAUCUUAGAAAAUUCCCAUGUUUCAGAGUUUGAGAAUAAUGAUUGGGUAAGGAGUAGAGUCGAUGGGAUAGUAAUUGAUAUGGAAGUCCAUACUCAAGCUUCUCCAAAUAACGGUGAAGCUAAUCUCGAGGGAGGAAAUGAUAUUGAAAAUGAAAGUGAUCCUGAAUGA